AUUUUGAUAGCAGCAAAACAAAACAAAUUUUUUUUUUCUGUAAAAUUCCGCGAAUUUUGUUAAUUUGUUAAAUUUAUUAACUAAAAAUGUCCGAGACCAGCUCCAAGGAAAAUGUUAAGACGGCAAUGACUUAUAUUUGUGGCGAAUGCCAUCAUGAGAAUGAGAUGCGACCACGUGACCCCAUACGUUGCCGCGAGUGCGGCUACCGCAUCAUGUACAAGAAGCGCACAAAGCGUCUGGUUGUCUUCGAUGCACGCUAAUGCCAACUGAAAAUUCGACUACUACAGGUGUAAGGAAUUAGUUUUUAAUGGAAUAUGUGUGCUUGAAUAAAAAGGGCUAACCAACUGAA